UCUAAAUGUAAUUGACUUUAUCAAACGUUCGAUUAGAAAAUGGUAAGCCCUUCUUAUGGACAGCAAGUCGCCCCUCUUCGAGGAAGGCCCACGAUCUUUGGAAAUGUGUACGAGAAGAAUGUCGUUUUUCUGCUCGAUACUUCGGGCUCUAUGUACCACAGUCUCGACGUUGUUAGAGAACACUUGCUUGAAAUACUGUUCGCGCGCGCGAUUUCCGGAAGAGACACGAUGUUCAACAUUAUCGAAUUCAACGAAGAAGUUAACAAAUGGGCUGACAGGUUAGUAGCUUGUACACCUCGCACCGUCAGUGUUGCUAGCGAAUGGAUUCACAAAUUGACCUGUGGAACGUCUACAAACACAAUGGAAGCUUUGAUCGAGGCGUACGAAGAUGACGGAAUGGACGCGAUUUAUUUGGUCACCGAUGGCUUGCCCGACCAAACUCCCACAGUCAUCGUGGAAAAUGUCCGUCGCCUUCACAAAGGACGACCUAUACACGCGAUUUAUCUCACUGGAACACACUCUGAUCCAGCGGCUAAGGAAUUCCUGGAAGAACUGGCUAAAAUCACCAAGGGUUCUUUCCACACCAUAAGCCUUACGCUGUACGGACGGAUUCAAAGAGUAACGCCAAUAUUUAAUCACAAGACAGAAUUCAUGCGGCAUUAUGACGGCGAAUUCUUAUCGCCGAACCCCUCGAACUUGUUUAAGGCAACUGACACUUCUCUAGAACGACUAGAACGUCCGACCUCUGCGCCUCCAGCCUCGGGAUUUGUCCCGAGGGUUUAUGAUCCCGUCCCUAGACUAUACGAUCCCGGGACACCUGUCACCCUCCUCAGGGCACCCCAUGGAGCUGUCCCUAUUCCUUAUGUCUCAUGGAGCAAGUUUGAUCAAGAGCGGGGAACAUCAAAAGUUUUGCAAUAUGCUGACGCAGUAUUGGCAUCUCGAGGGCUUUCUAAAGACAGUGAAAAAUCUGUGGGAAGUACCAGUGUCCCAGUUGCAGCAAGUAUAAUGAAAGGGAUGAAGGUGUUGGCACGGAAAGAUUCUGAUGGUCUAUUUUACAUGGCAACUGUCAAAAAACAGGUACAGUAUACAAACAAUAAAAUCAAUAAUUAUUGAUUUUGUUUUGUUGAGGUCUAUUUGUUAUUAACUAGAGAUAGGUGUCUCAUGAAUCUCUAUAAAGAGAAUAGGGCCACCAAAGUUAAGCCCUGCUGGGUGGGGUUAGGCACUAGAUUGCUGACCAGCCGCAAAUAUUCUGUCUCUUUGUUCUGGUAAGGGUAUCUACAGUAUCUAAGAAAUUAUUGACACUACUACGUGGUUAGAUUUCUUGAGGUGCUUUUACCACUUGUCCUGUGGUGUAACUUUCAUCAAUGUUUUCAGUUGUAAUCCUCUUUCAUUAUUUUCUUUACACAGGGAGAAAACGGUACAUUCGUAGUGGAAUUUGAUCAGUGUCCCGCUCUACGCAAGCCACACCUGCAAGAAGUAGCACUAUUCGAUGUGGUUGCUUACAAAGAUGCCAUAAGACACCAUGUGUGCAUUGGAGACAAAGUCCUUGCCCCUUGGCAAAAUGAUGGACGUUAUGGACCUGGGACCGUCCUUGAUGGAGUGGACCGCAGGGAUGUCCAGCCACAGGGUAAGCUAUGCAUGAAUCAAGCAAAUGGCCAAGUUUAAGGAUACAUUUCCGUGAACACAGGGCUGUCCCUUACAGUGUAGGGCCCAGAGCCCGGGAUUUCCCAGGCUACUAUCAUUGACUAUGACCCAUGGCAUUAUUCCAUUGGAAGCAAAAGGAACUUCCCACCUAUGUAACUGUUCAAUUCCCCACCUAUUAAAUGCAUAUACCUGCGGAACCAACUUCAAAUUAUAGGGACAGUCCUGGUACAGUUGCUAAGGUUACCAGUAGUGGUUAGAACUUGACCAUUAUUGUGGGAUGUUUUGAAUCCCACUUAUUUUGGGUCUUAGAGAAAUGAGCUGCUCAAAAGUAUGUCACCAGGCAUAUCUUGUUUCCUGUGCAAUGAGAUUCAUGUUGUUACUGUAAGGCUGUAAUUUUGGAAAGAAGUAAUAUAUUUCAUGUGUGUAAAAAAUUUGUGCAUCGCUUUCCAGUACUGAAGAAAAUAGUCUGUGGGUUUUUUGUAGCCCCAAGUUGACUGAUUAUUAUGCUUUUUCCUUAUAAAUUAAAAUUGUUAAAUCUUGAACAUAUUUUAUUAUGGUCUUUUAUUGAAAUGAAAUAUGCUGGCCAACCAGAGCAUGUAAAGCUCUUAAUGCUUCUUACUAAACAGUGGUACAUGCUAACUGAAUCUCCUGUUUUGCAAUUAAAUUCUUGAUAGACCCAUCUCAACACUGUCUAACCGAUUUUAGGUUAUGAAGGGGGUGAUCUUCUUGUAGCCUUUUAUAAUGGCCAAACAGAGCAGCUGUCCCCAGGAGUAGCAGUGAGAAUACCACUUGCAGUGUUUGAUCGCAUUGUUACUGAGCUUCAGCUGCCAGAGUCACAGAGAAGAAAGAUUCGUCUUGCUGCUGACACAUCACCUCCACCAUACCAAGGAAGGCCUCCUCCUCUGCACACAACGUGGCAACGACCAUUCAGCCCUCCUCGGCAUACUAAACAGCACCUUCACAAGAAUGAUUCCAAAGAGGAACUCACCUCUAAAAUUAAAUCACAGAUUGAGAGAAACAGACAUCUGCUAGAGAGGGUAAACUUUCAUGAAAAUAAAGACCCUGAUGGAUAUCACUCAGAUACCAGUAUGGAUCAGGAAUUAGACACAGCUGAGGAGUAUGAACAAGAAAGUAAAGAGCCUGAAACAUUUGAUGUUGGUGUCGGAACUGAAGACCUAGGUGAGUGCGUGAUCUAAAAGUGACAUAGACCCAUAAAUCUCCACUUUGUCUCACUGAAAUGUACACUGUAAGCAUAAAAAAAACAUAAAAAACUGACAUUGAGUUAGAUUACAUUGUAUGUCGGCCAGUGAUUUCAUUAGAAAGGUGGCUAUUAUAAAUGGCAGUGCAUGCAGAGGUCCUUCUAAAUUGUCUUGGUUUUUUGUUCUACUUUCACUUCUUGGAUGCCAGACUUAAAAGUCAUUGAAACUUCUUGAACUUAUUCAUGCUUAUGAAUUUAUUUAUGCCACUACAAACAGUACAGCUUUUGUGUGGUGCUUCCAAACAAUAAAAAAAGAAAAACAGGAUAACUGCUUUAACCAUCCUAGCCUGAUGGUCAUUUCAACACCUUAUUAGUUUUAUUUUCUUCAUUUUUGAAUUUAUUCACAGAUUUCAGACGAUACACAGAACCAGUCAUACCUGUUGGGACACCACUUCCUAAAGCUGGGGGAAAACCAGAGAACAAGAAACGCUGGCGUUGGUGGAGUUCGGGUGUCCCUCCACGCCCACCAAGAUUCAGAGAUACAGCUCUGGCAAAACCAGCAGAGGUACGAGAUGAUAAGUAUCAGCGUCCAAGACACCAGGAAUAUCAGACUGUUGCAGGAGUUCCUUUCCCACCUAGCGCAGGUAAUAAUAUUAACUUUGUAUGCUUUAAGAUGUACUUGUAUUUUAUAUUUCUCAAGUACCUAUGGCUCUAUAUAUGGUAUUAAUACAAUGUUUUUUAAUAUGUAAACUACCAUAUCUUAAGUUACUGGCAUGGGUAAUCAGAUGUUUUAGCAGUGAAUGGUGACCGGGGUUUCAUCAAAUCUUAAACUCUUGGAAGUAAUAAAUUUGUCAACUUGAUUUGGUCUAUUUCUGCCUCAGGUUUUCGAAGUUUUGUGCCACAAAAUCUAUAAAAAUUGUUGUUAAUCAUCAGGAUUCAUUUGUAACUCGUUGUAAUGAUGUUUAAUGCCUUUACAGUCUUUACUACGUUGAUUUGCUUUUUGAAGCAUUUUACCUCCCCAGUUCAAGGAUAAGAUACGACUAAUUAAUAUUGUGGUGGUGGUCGGUUGAUAUCUAGAGGAAUGAUGUAAUUUUGUAUGUGUACAUGAUGUUUAUGACCAGUACCAGUCAUUAUAGUGUCUGCAGUGUGCAUUUAUUCUUAAAUUUGAUAAAUAAAUAAAUAUCAUCUAUGGAUCUAACACCUCCCUUCCAGACAAAAAAUUUCAGGAUGGAGAAUGGCAUCCCCAUCAUCAGUGGAACCACCCAGCAAACACUGCCACAAGAUCUGGACCGCCACAACUAAAGCAUCAUGAAUAUCAGUCAUCUAAAGGAGUUCCAUUUCCAGCAGCUACAGGUAUUAUGAACUACAGCUCCUACAGCUACCUACACCUUGCCUCUUUUGGGUAGGGGCUCGCCAACCCUGUGAAAAUGAGACGUUACGAAUUAUUCAAAGCCACGCCCACUACUGGCAACUUCCAAGUAUCUUCAUCAUUUUUAGAUCACUGAUUUCGUAGUUGUCUUUGCAUCUUACUCCACAACAUUUCAAGUCUUAGGUCUCACAAUAAAUAAAAAAGUUCUACUUGGCUUAUUGAGCGAUCAUUUUUAGGCCAGUAUUAAGUGAUUCCAUAAAAUAUCCAGGGAUAUUGCAAAUUCCAGGCUGGUAGAGGUAGCCAGGGUCCGAAAAAGUAAAUCCAAACAUUUUGAAAUAAAAGCGUUAUACUAAACUGGAUUUUCCAGAGUGGAGAGAGGGGUUCAAGCCAAAUGAAUAAAACUCUAUGUGGAGGAGUAUAUAAAGCUAAAGUAUUUCCUGGAACAAUUUUUUAAGUAGAGCGUGUGCCUUGAAUUCAUGGUUUAACAUCAAACAUGUCUGUAUUCAUCCCAUUUCUGCAUUAUCAUAGUACUUAAAACUCGAUUUAGAAGAUAAAAACAAAACGUUCCUGCUAACGUUCGACUGUUCUAUAAAUGAGUUUUUUCCAAAUAUCAAUUUCCAGAUAACAAGUUUAACACUGGAUCUGAUGGGAACUGGCACCCCGAACACGCUGGUACCAAUGCUCAACGGUCUUCCAAUUGGGAGGAUGGCCUGGGCCUGGGAGAUAUGGAGAAAAAUAGAAAAGAAAGGCAAAGACUGGAAACUAAAAGAGACGCGAACGAGAAGUAUCAUGCUAAAAUAGCUCGAGAUUCAGCGGAGAAACGACAGAAAGAGCAAGCUAGACAAGAUUAUCACAGGUUAGUGAGAUCUAAAUUCACUUUGCUGAGUAUCUUUUAACGUAAAGGUACAGUCCAAACCUCGAUUAUCCGGACUCGUUGGGACCAUCCUUAAAGGUAUUCUUUGAAAACGCUUAAUAAGCUAUGGUUUGAACUUUUUGUCAUGUAAGCUUAUAUAAUGUGUCACCUUGGGGACCAGAGGUUUGUUUGUUUGUGUUGUUGGUUUUUGUUUGUUUUUUUUCUCGCGUGCAGUGGAAUCUUUUUGUUAUAUUUAUCGGCUUUCGGUCGACAGAUCAUCGGCCGAAGGUCGAAGGCAAGCGCGGGUCAUCAGAAAGACUUUUUAACCCGCAAACCGCGCAUGAAAAGUCUUUGGCACCCAAGGAAAACAGAAAUAAACUGACGAGAAUAAAGUGUGCAAGGGAACAGCCUAUGGGUGCUUUGAGCUUUUGCGGCUUUUGUAUUCAUGUAAUUUUGCACCGCCGGUCUUACGGCUCGCUCAAUUACUAGGCAUCACCAGAUAAUGCUUCUGGCAUAACUAAAUGUACCGUAAGAAAUUAUAAUAUGAUUUGACCGUCUCUGCGCUGUUUUUCAGAAAAAUGGUUGAUGAACGCCACCGUCAGCUCGUCGAACAUUCUGCUGAGAAAGCGCGUCGAGAAGGCGAGAGAAUGGAAAGCAAAAGACAGUCGAGCGAAAAGGUUUGUCAGAAGGAACGAGAUAGACAGGAAAAGGCGGAGACAUGGAAACACGAACGAAUAGAAGCCAUGAAGGAAAGGAGAACACAGCAUCAGGAAAUGGAGAACAGUUAUGAGAGAGCGGCACAAGAGCACGAGUCACAAAGACUGGUAAGUGACCAGGAAAAACUUACAGCACCGUACCGCCGGUCAGAACUCAAAAUCAUGUAAAAUAGCCAGCUGCGUAGCAUGGUGGUUUUGGUGGGGUUUGGGCUGGGCGCGCAAAGUAAUAGGGAGCUUUAGUGUCGACGACGGUAACUGCAGCGAAAACGUCAGUUUCAAAAUGAAUUCCCGUUUUUUCAACCUUUGUCGCGUUUGUUCCAAUUUGCUGAAAAAGGCAAGUGUAGGCGAAUUUCCCUGGAGUUGAUUUCUUGAGGACCGCACUCAAGUUUAGAGAGAGAAAAAGAGAUUCGUCGUUUCUUGUUUACGUCCUCCAUAAAACUUGAAAUUAGGCAUUUUCACGUUGUAGUCGUGCAAGGACGGUAAAGAAAUGUACAAAAAAGCGUGAUGCACGUGCAAAGUUGUUGUUUUGCGUAAUAAACCUAUUGCUUUUCUCACGUCCUAUUUGCCGUCGCCGUCGUCGUUGCUAAAGCCCCCUAAUAAAGGCGGGCGAGGGAAGAGAAACCGCGAGGAGAUUGGGGCGGGCGCGGCUUCGCCGCUCGUUCGCACGUUUUUGCGGCUUCGCCACUCAGUUGCUCCCGCAAAACCGCCAUGCUACGCAGGCUAACUAUUAAAAACGUGGAAAGAGCUGAGGUACUCGGUGAAAAUACUGAUACGCUGACGUUCUGAAUGGUCGCACCUUAAGACUUCACUGAUUGGGAGUGAACGUGUUAAAACGGGUUUGAAUUUCCAAGAAAGAUUGAGGUGAUUGGGGAAUAAGCGAGCCACUCCUCCUUCUGAGCAAACACCACAACCCGGUACUUUUGACUUACCGCGGUCUUAUGGAAAUCUUAACACUUUCUGUUGUGAAUUUGGCAGGGAAAGGAUUUGAAAAUAGUUUACAAAGUGUACUGGGUACGCUGAAGGUCUUCGAAAAGCCCUAACAAUAUUCCACUGGUAUAUUCCUUUAUUGUUGCGGGGUUACUCAAGCAAUAACCAGUGAUUCGUAACGCAGAUUGUCUUUUUGUGUUAUGAUACAUUUGCAUGCAGUGCUAGCGCAGUUCUGGCUAUCUUUUUCUCCCGACGUUUAUAACAGAAAGAGAGCCAGGAAUGGACUGCAUGAAAUACAUUCGUUACCCAAUUAAUAAUGCGUUAAAGAUAAUGUGUGCCUUGAGAAAAGAGAAACUACAUCAAUAAAAAGCAAGGGUUUUUUUUCCAUUUUUGACUCUGUAGAGUGGAAUUAAGGAUCGAGAACAGAAAAGAGUGGAUAUGCAUCGUGAUCGAUUGGUUGCAGAAAGAAGAAUGGGAGAAGAAAGGGAGGAACAAAUGAAACAUCGAGAAAUAGAACGACAGAUGAAACUUGACAAGAUUAAGAGCACCGCAGAACGAAGAAAGGAAAUGAGAAUUCAUGUGAAACAACAAAAUGAACAGAAAUACCGAGCAAGCAUUCUUCCUUAAUCAAAACAAUAAAAGCGGUUUACGUCACUGUUGUCAUAAAAACGCCAACAAGUAUAGUAGGAGGCCGUCGUGUACGCCGCACUAAGUUCAGCAAGGUAGAGACCAUUCAAGCCAAGGAGGCUCACAUGGCUGAGGUCACCCUGUUUCCGUAGCAUGCAACACCUAGGAGAUCUGCUACUCCUGUCUGUAUGGUAUGCUGGUUCAUGCCGGGGUUACUGCAGUAGUAUAUCGCCGGAGACACAUGGGAAAAGAGUUUCUUGUCUCGAACUCGAAGAACCAAAAUAGUAAUAAUCUUUAAUAGGUACUCCUCAGAAAAGGCUAUUAUGUAACUAUUUACAGAUGGAUAAGAAAUAAUUAGAUCUAAUAAAAAGGAAAACUAAUGGCUAAAUCCAAUAAAAUC